CAGGACGCGAAGCAAGAAACACGUCGUAGUUCCCCAUCGAGCUCUCUAGUGGAGACGGCAGAGCAAAAUUCUUCAAGGAAUCAAUUAAAUAUAUUGUGCAAACAAUUCGCUAAAAGAUGCUGAAGCUGAAGCCAAGGAACUACUGCAUUCCCAAUUGCCUGAAUGGAGCAUUAGCCUACUCGGCGCUCCUUGUUUUUUUGGUUACCGCCGUUCAGGGCCUGCAGCUGAGCGCCUUCACGACAAAAACUCCGAGGGUCAGCAAAUACACAACCAAAUCGCCAUCGGCAUCAUCGAUGAACCAUGAUGCCACUGCUUCGCUGUACCGCUUCAAUGCCACCAACGGAAUCACCUGCAUCCUAAUGCAGGUCGACGGUCUCAUUGGCAUCAAGUAUCGCAACAAGCUGAACGAGGAUGUGGAGGCCGACCUGUACAUGCCGGACAGCCCCCAGCUGAGUGGGGAGUGCGACGAGUCCAACAUGGAGAUACUCACAAUGGAGUUUAAGGGUUUCAGGCUGUCCAUGACAUUCAAAAAGUCUUCUGGCGGCGAGGGCUGGUACAUCAACCUCUUCGAGCUGACAUACUCGUCGUCCAACCCACUGUUCGAGCACCCCGAUCGUCCCGGACUGAACGUAAAGCUCACCUCGCCCGUGCACACGCCCAUGUACUUCGCAACGCCGGUGGGCAAAGCGUAUGUCUGCGACAAAGAGCAGAAAGUCAUUAUGUACGCCCCAAACGACUCUGGCGACCAGUCCGGACAUAUUGCUCGUCUGUACUUGCGCGAUCUGCACAUGCAGAGCUUCAUGUUCAAGGAGACUGGCAAGUGGGGACCGUCGUUCCACUGCAGUGCCACUGGGUCCUACCGCGACGAGACAGCGCCUCUGGCAGUGGGCACUGCACUGGCCAUAGCCGUUCUAUUGACCAUAUCUGGAUACGGAGGCUGGCGUUACUUUAAAAUCAAGAAGGUCCAGUACGGUUCAAUGGAGUGAGCGAGCCGAAUGUGAGGUGGCGCUUUUUGUUCAAAUAUUCUCGACCAUAUCGUUGUCUACACAUAUCCCCCAUGUUUGUUGGAUCUCUUGUAAUCCGUAGUCCUAUUUUUAAACUAAGAGUUGGCGCAGCGCAGAAGCUGAUGUUACCAUUUAUGAGAUACACAUAUAAUAUAUGAGAAUUGCAAAUGUCUUCCAUAUUGUUAAUGUAUAAAAUAAUACGCACCUUAUACAUAUACAUAUACAUAAAC